CAAAAUUUUCUGCUGAAGCGUGAAAGAGGAGAGACAGAGCUGAGCAAACGAAAAGAGAGAGGGGGAGGGAGACGCGUCGACGAACCAUCCCAGCCAGCAUCGCCGCUCACCGGCGACCACCGCCCAUCGGCCAUUAUUGUCCGCCGGAGCGAAGAAAUUCUUCAAUACCCUCCUCCCGAGAAGUUCUAAUUGGAACAAGAUCUUGAGAUGUUUAAGAACACAUUCCAGUCUGGUUUUCUUUCCAUUUUAUAUAGCCUUGGGAGUAAGCCCUUGCAGAUAUGGGAUAAAGAAGUUGUCAAUGGCCACAUCAAAAGACCACAAGACGAAGACAUACAAUCCAAUGUCCUGGAAAUAGUUGGAUCAAAUGUCCAAUCAACAUACAUUACAUGCCCAGUAGAUCCAGCUGCAACGCUUGGUAUAAAGCUUCCAUUCUUAGUUAUGAUUGUGAAAAAUCUUAAGAAGUACUUUACAUUUGAGAUUCAAGUAUUGGAUGACAAGAAUGUUAGGCGACGUUUCCGAGCUUCUAAUUUUCAAGCUGUGACUCGAGUGAAACCAUUUAUAUGCACAAUGCCCUUGAAAAUGGAUGAGGGAUGGAAUCAAAUUCAGUUGAAUCUUGCUGAUUUUACCAGACGAGCUUAUGGAACCAACUAUGUUGAGACAUUGCGAGUUCAGGUUCAUGCAAAUUGUCGACUGAGAAGGAUAUAUUUCUCUGACCGCCUUUAUUCAGAGGAGGAACUCCCACCAGAAUUCAAACUCUACCUUCCUAUGCAGAAGUAUGCUGGAGACAGAUCGCUUGAAGACUCAGUUGGGAAACAAAUUUGAGAUGAAAGACCUUGGCAAGGCACGAAAGAUAUGAAUGAUUGCUCAAAACCAGCAAGUACUCCAUUAGCUCCACAUUUUAAGUGUGGUGCUUCAUUGUCUCCUAGUACUGAUGAGAAACAAGAGUUUAUGGCUCGAGUUCCUUAUCCAAGCUUGGUUCGUAGCCUUAUGUAUGUCAUGGUGUGCACAAAGCCUAAUAUCUUACAUGUUAGUAUGGUAAGCCAAUACAUGUGUCACCCAAGAAAAAAACAUUGACAAGCAGCGAAGUGGAUCUUGUAGUAUAUUUUGGGGACUGUAGAUCUUGGUUUAAAGUUCAUGGAGGAAUGAGCUGAUCA